UUUCACAUUCAGCACAUUUUUCCGUUUCAGGUGGUAUAUGACAUGUACCAAUGUAACAAUAAUCAGGGGGCAAAAAAUGGACAAGAAAAUAAUAAGUCUAUCUGACAGAGGAUCGCCGAGGCGCUGCUAACUUGAUAAUAGCAGCAGCAGACAUAACUAUGUGAUAUUAAAUUUCUCUGUCUCGCCAUUCGUCACCCUAAGAUGGCGGCCAGUUGCUUCAAAAUUCAGGCUCUGGGAACCCUCUAUGUAUAUAACUCUGUGGUGGAGAGACGAGUGGACGAGUGAUUGAUGCAGUGAAAGAGUUCCUGGAGAGCAUGUGGAAAUGUGAAAAUCAAUCCAUCAAUUUUGCUCGAGUCUCUUCUCAGGAGCUGCCGUUACAAAGGCCUAUCUGGAGAGAAACGUCAAGCCACCCCGGCCUAUGCAGAGGAAAGGAAGAAAUGUGAAAGGCUGCAAUAACCAUACGUAGAAGAAGAGGACGACGCCAUUGGAGAAUUUUUAUUUGAAAAUGACCACACCAAAGAAACAAAAGCAACAGUACAAAUUUUUUGGAUAAUAAGAGAAAAAACAACGAAAGAAAUAGAGGAAAAUAAUAGACCCGGACAGUAAAGACACACCAGGGAGUGCCGUUACAAAGACUAAACUCCCGACCGACUACUGCUACUACUGUGACAUCAAGAUCAAGCGCCCCUCGGGAGCAGGCGAUUCAAAGGGCAGUAGAAGGAGGGCCGUCCGUGCCGCCCCCACCCUGGCCAAGGACAUUGCCCCCCACCCGCCAGGACACCCACGAGAGGAAGAGGGACUCCGCACCCAGCACCCCACUGGUGAGAAGCUAAAUGUUGUGGGUCAUCACUUGCCUGAUAUCAACAAGAAGAGAGUCACCUCAUCAUACUCUGGGAACCUGUGUGGUGGGGUCAUCACUUGCCUGGCAACAAAACAAAGAGAGUCACCUUGUACUUUCUGCGAGCUGUGUCUGUCAUCAUGGUCGACAUCACUGGGACAAUUUCUGCACUCAGCCACUCAUUUAGGCUGUCAGAUGGGUACCAGCUUUUCCUAAGGCUUGAUACCGAAGGAAAAACUUGCUAUGUACUGGUGAAGGAACCAAAACUUCAAGAAUGGCACAAACAUAUUGAAGUAGCUGCUACUUACAGUAUUAAAUGCUUACACCAAGAGAAUAUACACUUAGGCAGCCAGUCUCUGCAUGUGUAUAAGACAUGCUGCCGCUCUAGUCUGGAACGAUUACACAAGAAGGAGCUGCAGGUGGACCAAAUGAAGGAACAUUACAGAUCAAUGCAGUCCCAAGUCCUCUCAUGCAAGGCUAAAGUGAGUGAAGUUAUUGAUGCUGAAGCUGGAAUUUAUCUUCUGAGCAACAACAUGAAGCUGUACACAACCUUCCUCAAAGACUUGACCGGAGAGCUGUGGAGUGAAGGCCAGUCUGAGGAAUCUGCUGAUGCAAAAGAUGCCAGUCACUGUUCAGAGGCUUCAUCAUCAAGUACAUCUGAGCAUUCAAAUUUGUAUAAAUGUUUGACACCUGGAGACAAUAUUAAGAUUUUUAGGUGUCAUUAUACUAUUGAAAAGGAGAAAGUUGCACUGGUGUGCUGUGGUCAAAGCCACAUUGUAAAUGAGAGCAGGAAAUUUGUUUUGAAGACGUUUGCAACGGAAGGAAUAUCAUGGGUAACUGAUGCUGUCCGUUCCUUGAAUCUGGGCCUCAAGGGACUCCUGUGGCUGCUGAGGCUCAAGGAGGAGUUGCACAGCAUUCUUCCAUCACAUGGCUUAUCAAACCAGACUGCUGCUGGUGGGUCGUACAUAAUGACCUCACUCUUGAAUGAAGCCAAAAGACGGAACCUUAUGAUGAAAAAAACACGUUCCUUGGUGGAAGAAUUCCUGCAGCCAGACCAUAAAUGUAACUGUGGUCUAAUGCAGGACUCGCCCCCAUUUCACCUUGCAACCCUGAACAACAUCCUACCAGACCAAACCCAGAAUGCUUCGCAGAGUUCAUCAAACGGAGGACAUCAAGUGGUGGGUGACAUAACCAUUGACCUGAGUCAACAAGGUAGUCAGUUUUCAGAUUUUUGGGAUUUUUCUAUUAGUCAAAAGAAGGAAACUCCUUUAGUGUUGGUAGGGAAGUUAACUGGUGACCAUGGUGGAGUGUUACAGUUGAUGCAGAAAGACAUGUCAAUGGGUCUUAUAAUUAUAGGUAAUGCAGGUAUGGCUGCUAGUAAACUUGGCAGCACAGUGGCACUUUUUGAUUACUAUGUUGUCAAGGAAUUCUUUUUCAAAAUCAAAAAUGAUCCAGAUGUUCAAAAGCUCUACAUAGUAGUGAAAGACUCAGAUUUUUUUCUAUUAGAAGAACCUAAAGCUACUCCUUCAUUGCCAGAAGAAUCAAACAGAUACAGGCUCAAACUUUUGUCAAAGAGCGCUCUUAACUUCCGCCACAGCAAACUGAAAGAACUGCCUCUCUCUCAGUUUGUGGACAUUAAGCUAUUUUGGGGAAUGACAACCAUAAUGAAGCUGGGACUCAAGGGAGAGGUAUUAGAAAAAUGGCAGAGGGUUGUUGAGUUUUCUGGAGAAAGUGCUAACUUGUACCCGCUGCUUGAAGUUGGGGACGAGUGUGAAUUAAGGAUACCACCUUCACUGAAGCCUGAAAUUGCCCUAAAGAAGUCUCAGGCAUUUCAGUCGAUGAAGAACUUUUUAGAACAUGAAUGCUUACUUCUUCCUGCUGAAAUAUUGAUGACAAAAGUAUCCUCUGAGACUAUGAACUGUGGUGAAGUGACUGUACAGCAAGUAAAAAGGGAAGGUCAUGACUCGGAACUCAUCACCAUAAGUGGAACGGUCUUGUGCAAAAGAUUUGAUAGCCCCAAAUUCAGGUCUGAAGUAUGUGAAAUUCCCCUUAAUAUUUGUAAUGAAUACCACAUAGGUGUUCCAGGAAGCAUGAAUUUUAAGUUACUGCUUCAAGAUGAAAAUAGCCCUGAGACUGAGGUAUGGCUUUAUGUGACAUGCUCCACAAAUUACUAUAUGAAGGGUUACCCUCUCUUUGUGCUUCCGGGAGUCAGAAUUCUCGCUACUGAUGUGAGAAGAAUGGUUGCCAAAACCAGCAAAAAUGUGUACCUCAUAAGUUCAGAUUUCACACGCAUCAUACCUCUCUCAGUCCCUGAAUCUGAACAAACUUUGCAAACUGAUUCACCUUCCACAUUCCUGAAGUCUGCAUAUUUUACUCUCAGGAACAUUUCCUUCAGAAACAACACAUUUAUGAUAUAUGCCAGGAUUAAGAAGAUUAUAAGAGCAACUAUGAAAACAGUAUGCAAGUACUGUAAUUAUGACCUUGUGGAAAAUUCUGACUCCUGUGAUAACUGCUUUGGAUCCUCUCCAGUGGAUGUAGAAGCUUCUUUGGAAGUACUUGUUGAUGAUGGCACAGACACUGGUUUGAUCCUUCUAAAAGGUAUGACACAGAUUGCUGUUCUUUUGGGGCUGACCAAGAAAGACAAUACAAAAUUGUAUAAUAUGAUAGUAUCUCAGUGUUUACAUUUAAAUUACCCAGCUGUGGUAUCACAGAGUAGCCAGAAUUGUAAACACAAAUUCUCAAACUCUAUUGGCUUCGAGAGGAUGAUUACUCAUCGAGAUCCUGAACAUUCCUACAGAUUCAUGUGCAGAAAACAAGAGUCUCAGCCUCACUUGUGUUUAGAUCUGUCAAAACUGAGACCAAUGCAAGAUAUAGCAUAUCUUUCGGAAUGUAGGUAAUCUAGAAAUGUCAUGAGAAAGCUGAUUUUCUUAGAAAUCAAGAAAGAAAUCAUUUAUAAAUGAGAAGGUGAAAAAGUGUAACAGAUCCAAGUGUUGAGUAUAGUGUGGCUAAAUCAAUGCAACAUGGACACAGUAACGGUACCAGACUGCUCAUUACCAGUCCCAGGCCAAUAUUCAGCAUUCUUAAUUCUGACAGGUCAUCAUACAUGUAUUUGUAUGCAUGUAUGAUGACCUCUAGAAUACUGAAUAUAUCGGUGGCAGUACCCACCAGUACUGAGCUUGUGUUUUGACACAGUCAUACAUUCAUUAUACAUGGUAAUAUAUAUAUUACAUACGUAACAGUCUGGUACCGCUACUGUGUCCUAUAUCCAGUGCUGUUAGUACCAGUAUCUGCCCAGCCAUACUGCCAGAACUCCAGUUUGUUUAUGUUUAUCAGCUGAACAGCUGUUUGCAGUUAUGAUCCUGAUUUUAGUACCAGUUUCAUAUUUUUAUUACUUUAUUUCUAUAGAAAGAAGCAUUCAUUAUAGUCAGUGUCCUGUAACCUGUUGCAGAAUAUCUUUUAGGGUGGGACUCGCUGACUUGCUAAGGUAAUGGUCUCGCUCACUCAUUGGUCGAUUCCCAAUUUGUUUCAUUGUGCAGUAAACUGAGUUUGAAUUCCAAUUAAAGCCCUCAUCUAUUAUUAAGAUAAUGAAUUAUACUGAUAGAAAUUAAUUCAUCGACAUCUGUAUUGCUAACUGUGUGUAUCAAACUAUUAGAGAUAAAUCUGAUGACAUUCAUAGUGCACAACUUUCCACUCUUGCUCAUCCCUAUUCUGUUCAAAUCCCUUAUGCAAGUCAGCCAGCAUCUUCAUUCUUUCAUCCCUUCUGCUGGUAAACUCUUGAACAUCCUUCAUCUGUAUUUCCUCCUACCUAUGACUUCUUUCAAGAGGAGGGUAUCAAAACACCUCUCCACCCGAAGUUUACCUCUCAUGGCUUCUCAUUCUCUUUUCUUUAGUUGGAGCAGCAUCUUGUGGGCCUUUUUGUCCAUGAGCUGCCUCCCUUGCUGUAAAAAAAAAAAAAAAAAAAAAAAAAAGUCCAGGACUUCAGGAACAAAAAUGAAAAAUCUACCUGAACUCUGUAACAUUACCCACAAAGUCUGCCUUUUAAUAUAAUUAAUUCUCAAUAGAAAGCCUUGUUCACAUUACAGAAAGUUUAUUAAUGGAGUUUACCAUUACAUAUGAUACAGCAUGUACAUCACAGAAUAAUGCUGAAGUAAUAUAAAGACAGGUUUAUUAAUUAAGCCCCUGGGCUGGCUGCUCCUGCAUAUUGUAUUCCUCCUAAUGCUAACAAUAUAUACUGCUCGAGUGCCAAAAUGUAAUAUAAAGAAAUACGGAAAUAGUAAUGAUAAUAACAACAAUGUUGUGAACCGAAGUCAGGAGAAACCUUUUUCAUAACAGAACCAAUAACAAAGUAUAUGGGGAUGUCAUUUUCCAGAUAUAAUAAAGAAAGAAAGAAAGAUAGAAAGAAAUGACAACCAUGCAACUACAAACUGCCAUGAAAUUACAAAGCCACAUUUUUUUUCCCUUUUUUUUUUAAUGUACCUAAACACGUACAAGAGAACGAGAAGGAUCUUGCAAACCAGCCCAAGUCCGCCAAAAGCCGGUCAAACAACUUAUGCGUACAUACUCUUAUAAAAGUAAGAUUUUGAAUGAUUACUUUUGAGACCGAGUUUAGGGUUUGACUCUUACAAGAGUACCAUGUAUACUCUUCUAAAUUUUUGAAAAAUUUCUUGAAGGCCAAGUUCAGGGAGUUAAUCUUUGCAUGGGCAUGACUUUCUAAGCCAUAAAAUUUAUUUCUCCAUUGAAUAGGGAGGAGGAAAGGGGGGGGGAUCUUAAUGCGAGAUAGACUUUUAUGCAAGUAUAUACAUUAGCUGUGCCUGGUCUCUUCUCCUCCCUUGGCACUUCUGCUGCAGGCACCCUCAUGAGGCAAGGCACUCUCUUGAUAUUAACACAGUGGCGAUAAAUAAAAACUUUUGCAUCAUUUGCAGCAAAAUCACAGCUUUUUGGAGUCCACAGUUGCCGUACUUCUUGCAUUCAUGUAUAAUGGCAAACAAUAAAAUAAUAAAUACUAAAAAAUAUUUAAAAACAAAUUACAACUUUUGGAAUUUACAGUUGCCUUACUAUUUCCAAUAGUUAAUUAAGUGCCAUAACCAACUCAAAGAACGAUAUUUUGGUUCGAUAUAUAAAAUCAUUAUAACUUGUGGAUCAAUAAACUAUAUUGUCGACACUCCAGUGACAUACCGCAAAACAGUGAGAGCUUCUAAAAACAAAAUCCCAGAUUUGGGUCAGGAGUGAACCUCCAAGGCAAGAUGCAAAAAGAUACAGAGCGAAGCCAAGAACCAGUUUUGUUGACGAAGAGUUAUGCCAGGCAUCCACUUGUCCAUGAGCUAUAGCCACGUCAACAUUCAUAAGAGCUUCUGUGAAAAACCUGAAGUGUUGGGUAAAGGCCGAGAAGCGUCCACUGAUCCUACAACAGCUGUGGCUGUGGCAGUAGCUGUAACACCUCUCCUCCCUUUAAAAUCAUUUCACCUUGAAAGACAAGUAAGUUGAUCUUGAAAACCUACUUACUGCACACCAUAGACUAUGCCACAGAUACAAAUAUGGAUACAGAUGCAGAUGUGGAUCACAGAGAAAUGGAUGCCAGACUUUAGGGGAAUGCAGCAGCAGCAGCACCACCAGGGAUGACGACGGAAUGACCACGACACACCUCCACCCUACUCAUUAUUAGUAUAUAUAUAUAUAUAUAUAUAUAUAUAUAUAUAUAUAUAUAUAUAUAUAUAUAUAUAUAUAUAUAUAUAUAUAUAUAUAUAUAUAUAAUGUGUGUGUGUGUGUGUGUACACACACAAACACACACUGCUGGCGGAGAUAUACUAACCAGAGCAUUGAUUUGGCAUUGAUUAAAAAACUUUAAAAAUCUAACUGGAUGUUUCAAAUGGAAUGCUUCACUCCAUUUUAUACAUAUUGCAUAUAUUUUUACAUAUAAUACAGUUCUGAAAAAUGAAAAUAGGUACAUGCUAAUGUGGCAGUUUCCAAGAUGGCAACAAGGAACGAAAGAGAAUGUUGUUGUUAUGGCAUCUUUUUGUUGCAAAGCUAUUCUUGCCCUGACAUAUGUAGCAGCAGUGGAAGUGGCGCAGGCAGUGGGGACACGACCCCUCAUGUGGGGGACACGACCCCCAUGAGGAAUAACAAAAUACAGUAAGACCCAUCUAAUACAAAUUGAUUGAAUAUAUAGUGAACAGGAGACACUGACCGAGGGCCAUAAUAUUGAUUUUAUGCAAAUCUCUUCUUUUAACUAUGAUUCAAAUUCACUUUUUUUUCUGUCUGACGGUAUUGUCAAAUGCUAUAUACACAUCUGCAAUGAAGGCAAGUUAAUUCCACUGAAACAAUACUUGAAUUUCAUGCAACUUCCUCCCAUCACUCAUGAAUGACAUCCUUCUGCAUUGUUUCACUUGUUGGUAACUGACUGCAACUAAGCUGAAUGUAUGAAUGCAGGCCAAUAUCACAAGAAAUUAAACACUUGACUUCUCACUGCCCACAUCAUUGGCCUAAAUUCAUGUAUCCACCACCUGUGCCAUUUCCAAAACACUGAAUCCUGCAGCCAAUUAGCAGACUCCUCCCCUAUGCCACUAACCACUACUACUGUAAAAACUACCACCAACACUACAGUAAACCCUCUAUUAAUCUAACUGAGGGAAACCAUGUUGUAUCACAAGGUAUUGAUAGAGGCACACGGUACUGUAGCAAAUAAAAAGUAAGAUAUUGUUUAGUGUUUUUUUUAAAUAUUGAUUUUAAUUGUUAAAAAUGGAGUUUCAUUAAAAUAUGAGAAAAGGGUAUCAAAUAAAAACAAAAAAUAUUGUUUACACUUGUACUUACAACUGAGUACAGGUGGGUUUAUAUUGUUUGGUAAUUUGCAUUUUCACCAAACAGAGGCUCAAGAGAGGGUUUACUGUACAACUAUUAACACUACUACUACUGCUGCUGCUGCUUACUAUUCUGCCGUCAACAACAACAACUUUUACUACUCAUAUGAGAAAACGGAAGAAAUUGACACAUUAACUCCAUAAUGUGAAUCACUUUAAAAAGAUCAACAAAACAUUAGGAAGCCAAAUAAUUAUACAUGAACACAAUUAUAUUAAAACAAAGCAGCAGUGCCAGAGCUUGAAGACCCAAAUCGCAUGUAGUAGUAUGUAUGUACGACUAAUACUAAGGCUUUUAAACAUAAAGGUUACAAACAUAUGAAAAAAUGUACACUGAUGUACAGACUUAUGACUACUGGAUUCUCUAAUCAACUUCCUCUUCUUUGUUAAACCAAUCUGAGAAAGUCUACAUUUUACAAUUUAAAGUUCCACGUAAUGGGAUUACUUCUCAAGGAUAUAGUUGCAAAGUAACAUUACAUUCCCUUUUGAUUCAAGCUCUGAUGUAAACACCACAGAGUGGCUGCAACCAUAUGCACCGUGUAAAAGUCAGCCUCACCUUCAAGUACGACUCCCAAGUCUAAGGUAAGUUUGAUUCAUAAGACCCUCAAAAGUGGAAGUUAUUGUAGUUUUAGUACAACCAAAGAAAGGUAUUACCCAUGUUAAAGUUAACAAUCCACUACAGUAUGACUGACAAGAAAAUUGGAGUCCCCAAAAUGUAGUAGUAAUAGUAGUUCCCUCAGAAAAUUCAACCCGACAAAAAAAAAAAAAAAAAAAAAAAAAAAAUUCCAUGAGUCUGUACGACACUCGUUAAGAACCACAAAAGUAUGAGAGAAUUAAAUGGACACCCUUGAUACCACACCAGAGCUUGGGAAAAAUGGGACCAUUGGUACUUGGCAACUCAGUCCUUGAGAAAAAGUCAGAUUAGAGUCAAUUACAGAACCAGAAAGCCAAUAAUUGCAAGGAGAGAGCGAGCUUGUAUGCACUAGAGGAGUGUGAAUAAAUUUGGACUUGCUUCUUAGUGGCAAUUAUUUCCACUACAAACUAUGACGCAUUACUGAAUAUUUUGAAGCCACAGUAAACCCUCUAUUCAAAUAACCAUUUGGAGGGGGCACCAUGGCUAUGCAUCCCAAGAUACAGAUACAUGCAAGGUGUUUUAAAUGAAAGCAAAAAAUAUUGUUUUCUGUAGUUAAUCUCGAUGUAUCAAAUAAAAAUGGUUGUUUACUGAAUUAAAAAAAGAAACAAAAUUGCCCUUGGCCUGCCUCCUUUACCAUAAGAAGUAAGAAAAAGUACCUAGAUAUAAAAAAUACACAAGCAAACCAAAUAAUGGGGGUUCCCUAAACAGAGGGUUUACAGCAGCAUCUUCACCAAUGAAUGCAGCAGACAGUGAUGACAAUGGUGGUUGGUUAGCUAUAAAACAGCAAGAAACAGUAUGUAUGUAGCUACAUUUCACACCAUCCCCCAGAGUGUUGUUGUGAGAUCAAAGACAGUAAUGUUACACCGACUAUUGUUAGCUAAGGAGACAUAUACAAAAUACAGUUUUACAAGAAAAAUUACAUCUACAUAUGCAAUAUACAACUAAUGCUGGGUACAGGCAGGUACAGGCCAAGCUAUUAUAAGAUCUUGCUUCAUCGUCAUCAUUAUAUUUACAAUUUACUAUACAAUAAUGCGCAUUAACACACCUCGUCAUUCAUUAUAUCACUUUGUGGAGACUGUACAAAUUAUAUAGUAGCACUUACAAAAGGUACAUAUUCCAAAUGUACACAUCAUCGUCUUCUUCUGUACACUAAUUUAUUACAAAAUGUUACAUGCCAGAACAUUGGCCUCACAAAAAAGUCAAUAAUAUUCACAGAAUUUACAAAUUUGACCUCGGUAGAACAGUCGUCUUUUUGGUAAAGGGGGACUGGGAUACGGGGCAUUGGGGUUGACUCUACAAUAUAAACAAAGGGCCUGUUCCAGCCUGCAAUAAGCUAUUAGGGAUAUGAAUAAUACACAAUUAACAGAGAUAUAUUAACACUGCAUCUUCCUCUAGCCAUGUGCCAGCAUUGGGAGUCAGCCAGCCACUCUUUAUCCUUCAGGACGUGAGAUUCCGAGCAGAUUACAUGAAUUGGGAGAGGGAUGGGGAGGUGCGAGGAUAAAAGUUAGGAAGAGGAUGGGAAGGAGAGGAGAGUGAAAGGAAGGGGAUGGUAACUUAGG